CUUUUAACGUUAUUUGUGAAAGUCAUAGGGUCUUUAUCCUCGUAUUCUCACGGAUAGUUAAGGCUAGUUUACUGUACGUAGUUUUCAAUGUCAACGUCACAUCCAUCGCGUCUGCGUAUUCUACUACGUAGGUCGCAUUUGAUUUGAUAGCUAGAAUAUUUUAAUGACAGUGUUCGCCGGACCGCCACAUUGAGUCGACGCGUCUCGGCUUCACUCGUAUCGUAAUUAUUGUUACGUUAAAACCCAUUCAAAGGUUGAACGCCGGAAAAUUGUUUUCCCAAUUAGUAAUCUCGUGUUACCUCGUGUAUGUUGAGUUUGAUAAGAAGAAUCUGCACCAUGAAGCCUCCGACGAACGCCACACUUCUCCAUGAUGUUGACAUACCUACAAAGAAAGCGACAUUCGGCAUGGGCUGUUUCUGGUCGAACGAUUCUCUGUUUGGCGCUACACUCGGCAUCAUUCGCACCAGAGUUGGCUACUCAGGCGGCACUUCGAAGAACCCACAUUAUAGGAACAUUGGCGACCAUACAGAAGUCAUCGAGCUGGACUACGACCCAAAGACCAUCAAUUACCAGGAGUUGUUGGACAUGUUCUGGGCGAACCACGAGUAUGGACUCACCACCAAGCUAAAAAGACAGUACCAAUCGUUGAUCCUUUACCACGACGAAGAACAGAGAGAUGCUGCAGAGACGUCGUACAAAUCCAUGCAAGUCAGGUGUAACGGUCAGCUCAGAACAGAGAUCGCCCCCGCCGGCGUCUUCUACCCCGCAGAAGACUACCACCAAAAAUACAGACUACAAGGGCACAAGGAUCUCUGCAAGAGCUUGGGGCUCGAUGCCUCAAAACUGCAAACCUCACACCUAGCAGCUAGACUAAAUGGAUACUUGGUCGGCGUCGGCGGCAAAACUCAGUUCGAACAAGAAGUGGCUCGUUUGGGACUGUCAGAGAAACAGGCCGAGUAUGUGCGACGUGAAUUGGAACGUAACGAAGGUGGCGGACUAGCGUGUUGAAGAUUUUUUAUAUGGUUGUUGUCAGAUCUAUGGAGGGUAGAUGUAAGGAGUCUUAGUGAUAAAAAUUGAAAAAAGUCCAGCUGAAGAUUUAAAUGAUUUUAAAAUGUUAUUAGAAUGGUGCUAGCGUUAGUAAACUUACCUAUGGUAUUCAUUUAUUAGUUAUACGUAGAUGGAUUGGAGGGCCGAGUGAAAAUAAAACUAUAUUUUUGGUGAAGUGGCGUUAUAUUAGUAAUGUGGGCUGUUUUGUAAAUCAUCUAACUAAUUUUUGGCGUUUUCUUAUCCGUUCUUGACUUCUUGGCCGUCUUGCAAUGAAUAAUGUUAACUAUUUUUAAAUGCUUUCUGUACUCUCCGUUGAAAACAAAAAAUACUCGUGAAAGAAUUAUUUCGAUACGUUAAUUAAUUCCCGAGAUAUAAAACAAAAACUAGUGUAUCUGUAUAUAGAAAAGCUCUAAUGUAAUGUUUCAAAUGAUUUUGCGUACCUACUAACAUUAUCCAUUGUGGCGCCACUCUUAAUUUGACGCAUUUCGACCGUCAUUGUUUUCAUAUUUAAAAAAUAAAAAUGGAUCUCCUUACCUCUACCCUGCAUAGUUAGAUUGGGAAAUUGGUCACUUGGGCCGACGUCAACCAGACGAGGAACCAAACAUGCCAAUCGGAUGCACUGCACUUUUUAAAUAAUUCAAUAAUUAUUUUAGAUUCGUGUUGGGUAUGUGUAGUGAACGCCUUGUAUGAAAAGAUUCAUUGUGAAGACCAUAGACGACCAUAAUACGCUAUAGUUACUCGUACCAAUUCCGAUGUUGGCAAUUUAAAAAUAGAUCUUGAGGUCAAUGGAUUCUUGGUUUAAUAUGCGUACGUUUUAUAAAUAGGCUAUAUAGAUUUGCGCUUGAAUUUACCUAUUUUAAGUCAGCCAUGACUUUAUUAAGUUAUGGCUGCGACAACAAAAGUGAGCGUACUGCGCGGUUUUUUAAAAGUCGCAACAUUUAUAUUUUGCAAUGCAAAAUGUUUUUUUUUUUUUCUCUUUUUUGUAUGACUGGAUUUCUGAUUGUAGAGAAGGGAUCCACUGGAGAAAUUAAGAUGCAUUGGUGUGAUUAAUUAAAAUAUUGUGGAUAUUCGAUAAGGAGACCCACCAUUUUGGGCCCAGUUACAGAAAAAAAUAAAUGACGCAAAAUCCUUUGUGUAGCUUAUCAGAUUAUGCAUAUGUCAAUCAAAUUGAAUCUAAACCUGUCUAAUCUUAUAUUAUUAUUUAUUAAAGUACACUAAUUUGGACAUUCAUUCAUAAAUUCUGGGCCAAAAAAUGUAUGAAGUUCAGGCAACUCUUUUCUCACUCAACUCAAGAACUCAAAAGUUUUCGCUAUGGCACGCUAUGGCUAUGGCAAUAAUAUAAUUCACAAAUAGGUACAUUUUUAACCGACUUCAAAAAAAGGAGGAGGUUUUUCAAUUCGACCGUAGGUAUAUAUUUUUUUUAAAUAUGUAUUUGUAAAACAUCUUAAUGCAUUUCAACUUUAUAUAAACCUGAAAUGGGUGUUGUAAUAAAAUAUAAUGCUAUUCCAUUCCAAUACAUAUUUAAUAAUAUCAAUCUCCGAUAUCUUUAAUGAUAAUGGAAGCUCAGUAUUAAGUAUGAAUAAUAUUAUAUUAUUACAAAGUCUGUUUAUUUCUUUUUAAAUAAUAAUAGCACUAUGUUAUGUUACUUAGUUUUAGACAUAAUUGACUAUUAAAUACUAUUGAUU